AUGGGGGCCGGAGGAGGGCUGGGGCUGGCGGCUGUGCUGGCGGCCGCGGUGCUGUGCGGGCCCGGGGCGCUCGCCGGGCGCGUCCUCAGCGGUGAGUGCGCGGUGCGGGGCCGGGCGGGAGCGCAGCGCUCCGGGAGCGGCGCGGGGCGGGCCCGGGACCGAGCCCGCUCUGCAGACCACCCGAGCAUCGACGGCGAGCGCUGGGAGCGCCUCCCGGGCGCGCGUGCCCCGCGGCGGAGCGGGGAUGCUGCGGGGAACGCGGGGGCUGAGCACCCCGGGGGGCUGCGGGCUCCGGCGGCAGCCCCGAGCCCUGUCCUGCCGAGCCCUGUCCUGCCGAGCCUGUCCUGCCCCGUCUUCCCGGAGCUGGUUCAUUGCCGGCGCUCUCCGUCGCCUUCGAAUCGCUUUAAAAAGAUCGAGCGUCUUCCCGAGGAUGGUCUGUGCGCUGGGUUUUGUUGGCAGCUGGACAGCGGCCAGAAGGUGUGCUAUGGUGCCUUCAAGCAUUCCUGUUACAAACUAGCUUAUUUCCAGGACUUGUCUAGACGCGUGGGCUUCCAGGAGGCCCGCCAGGCUUGUGAAAUCGAUGGUGGGGCUUUACUGAGCUUGGAAAGUGAAGCUGAGCAGCAGCUAAUAGAAAACAUGCUGCAAAACCUCACCAGAUCGGGCUCUGGAAUUUCUGAUGGUGAUUUCUGGAUUGGGCUGUGGAGAAGUGGCGAUGGACUGGCCACGUCGAGUGCUUGCCCCGACCUCUACCAGUGGGCUGAUGGAAGUAUGUCACCAUUCAGAAAUUGGUACACAGAUGAGCCUUCCUGUGGAAGCGAAGCCUGUGUGGUGAUGUAUCACCAGCCAACUGCAAACCCUGGCCUGGGAGGGCCAUACCUUUAUCAAUGGAAUGAUGACAGAUGCAACAUGAAGCACAAUUUUAUCUGCAAAUAUGCCCCAGAUAAUGUCUUAGAAAAAGAAUUAGGAGACAGAACAGAGCCAGAAUACGAUAUUUUUCCAACAGUGCCAGCAGGAAAUCCUUAUGACACAAGCAAACCAGAAGAUCAGUAUCAUAUUAUUGCUACUGAAACAGGUAUAAUUCCGAAUUUAAUUUAUGUUGUAAUACCCACUAUACCACUGCUGCUGUUGAUACUGGUGGCUUUUGGGACUUGCUGUUUCCAGAUGCUUCAUAAAAGUAAAGGAAGAACAAAAACCAGUCCAAACCAGUCCACACUAUGGAUUUCAAAGACACCUAGGAAGGACAGUAGCAUGGAAGUAUAAUGAUUUACUGACUGAAAACGAGGCAAAAAUAACAUUUUGCAGUGAGGCUGUAUUAUAAUGUCGUCAAAGAACAUUAGCUUGGAAUGGCUUGAAAAUGCAAAGGAUCUACAAGAAUGAACUGUAAGCUCCCCCUUGAGGCAAAUGUUCAGAUCAUUUUUAUAUGAUGUUUGUUUAUUAAUUCAGUAACAAAAUAUGCCAUGCUAAAUAAAGGGUAUGUGUUUAUUUUGCUAAGGGAUGUAAGUUAGCUAGUUGUGAGCAAUGAAAUGAACAGAGCAUUUGA